AUGGCACUUCCACCAAACACAACAUCCUUGAUCCAGCCCAUGGACCAAGGUAUUAUCCUUGCUGCUAAACGUAUGUACCAAACAGCAAUGGUUGAAGAUGUUUUAGUUGUUUUACCUAGUGAGGAAGAUGAAUUGACAGGAAAGGAUACAAGGGCUCAAAGAACACUAGAAAAUCUAAAAAAGUACACAAUCAGGGAAGCAAUAUUCCACUGGGCUAGGCUUUGGAAUAAAGUGAAAGAAACCACACUAACAAAUUCAUGGAAGAAACUGUUAACAGAGAGGCCUAGAUGUGAAGCAGCAGUAUUUGAUAGUGAAUUCGAAGGUUUUGAAAAUGAAGCCAAUGAUUUUGAAGGGUUUGAAGAAACGAUCCGAACAAUGUUGCUCCAAGAUGGUCAGGGUGUACAAGUGAAUGAUAUCAAUGAAUGGUUAGAAAAUGAUUACGAUCCUGGUUAUGAAUUGCUAACUGAAGAACAGAUUGCGCAAAGUGUUCUCGGAAAUGACUCUGAUGACUCUGAUGAUUCUGAUGAUGACUCGGACGAUGUUGGUGAGGCUCUGCCUAGAGGUCUCGGAUAUCAGAAAAGAUUGGAACAAGUUGAGGAACUCAUUGAAUAUUCAAUAAAAAGUAAACAUGAGGUUGUUGGAAAUUUUUAUGUACACCUUACAGCCUUAAAACAAUGUCUCAGAACGUUAGCCAGAGAAAAUCAGAUUCAGACAAAAAUAGAUCAAUUCACGAUUUCAACGGUUCGUGAAAAAUCUUCGUCGACAAGCCAUGCUGCACCCGUCGAUGCUGAAUUACCAACGACAAGUCGUGGAGCAUCCGCCAGCAAUGAAUGCUCU